CGUAUCACAGUGCACGUCAAGACGGCUCAACACUGUCAACCACGAAAGCUUGGUAGUAAUAGACUUGAUAUUUUCAGUGUGCAGGAAGGCACGAUAUAAGGAUGGCCAGAGUGUUUGUGACGCUGCUUGCACUCACGCUCGCUGCUGCAGUGACCCAGGGAGCUCUUCACUUUAUGGACGCAACUAAUCCAGCGCUCCCAGGAAUGUGCGACGACAGGGAAACAAACGUUUUCCCUGAGGGUUCCACCUGGUAUUUGAAAGGCUGUGUACGGGCACACUGCGCAAGUUCCGGUGGCAGAAUGUUUAUCACGCAUGCCACCUGUUCUCCCAUACACGUUCCAGGAAGAUGUAAACAGGUAACGGACGAAUCACUGGUUUACCCCAGUUGCUGCCCUAGGCUUAAAUGCCAACUUUUAUGCAUUUUUUCAUACACCGAAGAUGGAUGUGAUACACUCGAAGCGUCUGCUUUUUCAACGUGGAAGAGACACUGCGUUAGGAUGGCCGGUGUUAGUCUUCUGCUGCUGCUUAUGGUGGCGCUGGCUGCUGAGACCCAAGCUUAUACGGGUAUUACGGUACAGAAAUAUCAAGGAUCCCCAGUGUGUUACGACCGAGCAGGCGUUCACCCUGAAGGCUCUUCCUGGUAUCUGGAUGGAUGUGAAGUGGGAAGGUGCUCCCGGGGACGUGAUGGGGACGUGAUGGUUAUCAAUUACGUCGGCUGCGGUAAGGUCGCUGCUCCCGACGGCUGUGAAAUGGUGCAAGAUCUCAGUCUGAAUUACCCCGAUUGCUGCCCCAAGUCGAAAUGCCCCUGAGAAAGAUUCCCAAUUAUACCCAAAGACGACUGCCAGUUGUUAGUAUUGCAUAAUUUCACUUGUACAAUGAAAGUCUUCAGUUGCACAA